CCUCCUCCCGGGGCUCUCGCGAGACUUCCGCGCGGCCCUGCCCGCUCCGCCGCUGCUCCCCCGACGGCGCCGCCAUGGCGUCCGACUCGGAUACCGAGGAGCUCUUCUACGACGCCUCCGAGGACGUCGCCCAGCACGGCGGGAGCCCCUCGGCGUCACCAACGAAAGUCACGGGGACGUCAGCACUGAAGGAGCCGGAUGGAGGUUCUCUGGUGGACGAGCAUGAAGGAGGGAAAAACCUGGACAUCAAGCAAGAUGACCCCAAAAAGAUCAUUGACAACAUCAUAGAAGAAAGCCAGAAAGCCAAUCAGCUUGAGGAUGACCCUUUGGCCCCUCCCAAAAAGGAACUGACCAACCCCUCAUCUCAAUCAAACCCUUGGAUCUCGGAAGCAGAUCUCCUCCACCACAUUCCUGAACUCUUCAUCGCGGAAGCCACAACGCAAGGGCCCCAUGAAGCCCCUGAGGGUCUGGCUAAUGGGGUGGCGUCCCAGGAGGCCUCGCCACCUUCCAGCAACGAGGGGGCAGAUCACUCCAGAGGGGAAGACGCCACCAUCUCCGCAGGAAGCCCAAGCGAGAGCCGAGAGCGGAAAGCAGAUGGAGGAGACCCGACGGAGGAGGAGGAAGGCUGCCAGACCGCCGGCCUGAGGCAGCCAGAUGACUUCGACCAGGCACCGUCCUCGGAUCCCCCACUCCCCCAAGGGUCCUCGGCCACCGAUGAGCCGCCUCCAGCCAAACCCCCACGACAGCUGACCAUGGAGCCAGAUAUCGUGGCCAGCACAAAGAAGUCCGGCCCGGCCCGGCCCCCGCCUCCUGUGGCACUCCCACCCCCUAGGCCGCCCCCCCCUGCCCGCCCGGCCCCCCCACCGAGGAAGAAAAAGAGCGACUCGGAAAUCGAGACCAGCAAGAUUCCCGGCCUGGAAGUUCCUCGGGAGCCUUUUUCCCUGGGUGGCCUCCUGACCCCCAACGCCUCCCUGGACUCCAUGGCCAAAGACUCUCAGCCUUCCCUGGACUUGGCGAGCGCCACCAGCGGUGACAAAGUGGUCACUGCUCAGGAGAACGGGAAAUCGGCGGACGGCCAAGUGGUGUUAAGUGAAGUGAUCGGGCCCCAGAGACCCAGAUCGAACUCGGGCCGAGAACUCACAGACGAGGAGAUCCUGGCCAGCGUCAUGAUCAAGAACCUGGACACGGGCGAGGAGAUCCCCCUGAGCUUGGCGGAGGAAAAGCUGCCCACGGGCAUCAAUCCCCUGACGUUGCAUAUCAUGCGGCGGACGAAGGAAUAUGUCAGUAACGACGGGGCCCAGUCGGACGAUGAAGACAAAAUGCAGCUGCAGCAGAGCGAUACUGACGGGGGCCGCUUGAAACAGAAAACGACGCAGCUGAAAAAAUUCUUGGGCAAAUCGGUCAAGAGGGCUCGGCAUCUGGCUGAAGAGUAUGGAGAACGGGCCGUCAACAAAGUGAAGAGCGUCCGAGACGAAGUCUUCCAUACGGAUCAAGACGACCCGUCAUCCAGUGAUGACGAGGGCAUGCCAUACACGCGGCCGGUGAAAUUCAAAGCCGCCCACGGCUUCAAGGGGCCGUAUGACUUCGAGCAAGUGAAAGUCGUGCAGGAUCUCAGCGGGGAGCACAUGGGGGCCGUCUGGACCAUGAAGUUUUCGCACUGCGGCCGGCUGCUGGCCUCUGCGGGCCAGGACAACCUCGUGCGGAUCUGGGUGCUGAAGACAGCUUUUGAUUAUUUCAACAACAUGAGGAUGAAGUACAACUCGGAAGGCCGGGUCUCCCCCUCCCCGUCUCAAGAGAGUUUGAACUCGGCCAAGUCGGAUAACGAUACGGGGGUGUGCAGCGGGACUGACGAAGACCCCGAUGACAAGAGCACACCGUUUCGGCAGCGGCCGUUCUGCAAAUACAAAGGACACACGGCCGAUCUCCUGGACUUGUCCUGGUCUAAAAAUUACUUCCUGCUCUCCUCGUCCAUGGAUAAGACGGUCCGGCUCUGGCACAUAUCCCGGCGGGAAUGCCUCUGCUGUUUCCAGCACAUCGACUUUGUCACUGCAAUCGCCUUCCAUCCCAGGGAUGACAGGUACUUCUUAAGCGGAUCGCUGGACGGCAAGCUUCGGCUCUGGAACAUUCCGGACAAAAAAGUGGCCCUUUGGAACGAGGUGGAUGGACAGACUAAGCUGAUUACCGCAGCAAACUUUUGCCAGAAUGGCAAAUAUGCCGUGAUUGGCACCUAUGACGGCCGGUGUAUCUUCUACGACACGGAGCACCUCAAGUAUCAUACUCAGAUCCACGUGCGAUCGACCAGAGGACGGAAUCGAGUGGGGAGGAAGAUAACGGGGAUCGAGCCCCUGCCGGGUGAAAACAAGAUCCUGGUAACCUCUAACGAUUCACGCAUCAGGCUCUACGAUCUGCGGGACCUGUCCCUGUCGAUGAAGUACAAGGGCUACGUCAACAGCAGCAGCCAGAUCAAAGCCAGCUUCAGCCAUGACUUCACCUACAUCGUCAGCGGCUCGGAAGACAAGUACGUCUACAUCUGGAGCACCUACCACGACUUGAGCAAAUUCUCCUCCGUCAGGAGAGAUCGCAACGACUUCUGGGAGGGGGUCAAAGCACACAACGCUGUGGUCACCUCCGCCAUUUUCGCCCCGAACCCCAGCCUGAUGAUCUCCUCUGAAACAGCUGAGAAGCCCCCAGGAGACACCCAAAGCGAAGAUUCAGAAGCUGCAGACCCCAUUCCUUCUGGAGCCUUGAAGGCAGACCAGACCGAAGUGCUUCUCUCGGCCGAUUUCACCGGAGCCAUCAAAGUCUUUAUCAACAAAAAGAAAAACCUCUCUUGAAGAAUCGCCAGUAACUCCAUAGCCUGGCGAUCAUGGUACCUGGGUGUGAAUCUUGUGCUUGGUGACGCAGCGUAUAAUCUGGCGCUGGAGGCUGGCUUAUCGUUAAAUUCCUUCGUUUAAGGCUGCUACACUUUGAGCUCCUAAAAAAGCAGUGUCUCUCUCUCCCCCCUUAAAGCCCCCCCCCCUGCUUUUUAGACUAGAAAGGGAAGAGCAGCCAGCAGCCUCGCUCAAAACAAGAAAAACGAGGCGAAUAAUAAUUCUGCUGCUGCGUAAUGCCCCGGGUGCAGAAUAACCCUGCACGAAAACUACAGUGAGAUCCACACGCAGAGAUAUUCCUUUCAGGGGUCACCCAGGAACAGUUUUGCGCAGGUGAAAAUGUAGUUGAUUCAGUGGCAACCAAUUCUUUGCAAUUGCACAAAGUCGAUGCCCCCUCUGCCCCAGAAUCCCGUCCCCUGCAAAAGUGGAUCUAUUAUUUAAUUUCCCGUAACCGAGCUGCAUUUCUGGCCAGACCUUUUAAGUUCCAUGAGAUCAAUCCUCCUUUCGAAUCCUAACCCCGCAGAUGGAUUAGCGGCAAUCUCGUUUCGGUGUUUUAUAACGUGGACUUCUGUGGUCUUCUCACUGUUGUGCACUCGAUUCUGUUCUGUUCCCUUUUUUUUGCACACUGGAGCACAAUAUUUCUACAAAAAGAGUUUCUCAUUCCUUAAUCCCAGGCACAGGGAUACUACGCUCACUUUAAAGCAACUUAAGCUGCAUUAGGAACAAUUCUUAUAUUUUACAAAUGAUGUAAAAUAAAACUGUUUACAUAUUUUUAAAAAUAUUGUAGUUUUAAGUUUUUUUGUUUUUGUUUUGGUUAUCCUUGUUUAGAGUUAAAACUGAAUUUAAAAGGCUUUGUAAAUAUUUGUAAAACAAUAACCAAUGACGCAACCCUUUCGCAGGGGUGAAACCUGCAAGAAAGGUUGUCGAGGGUGGCAGCUGCUUAAGAAAACAAAGGAUGUGUUAUUAAAAAUGGGUCACACUGAGAAA